AGUAAGAUGAUUCGUGAUUUAAGAAUCUUUUUUAGACGGUGGUCUUCGUCUUCCAUCGGAUGUGACCAAACCAGAAGAAUCGACACCGACUCAGUAACACUCUCCGAUUCUCUCUUUUUUUUCCUUUUCAACUUCCAUACUCAUACAAAGGCUCCGUGAGCGAAGAAAUGGAGGAAUUUUCUGUGGAUGAUCCGACAAGGCUACUCGAAGCAGCUGCAGACUUCGCAAAUUAUCCCGGUGUUCGGACUGAUGCGUCGGUUAAGGAAUUUCUCGACCGCUUCCCCCUUCCCGCCAUCAUCAAUGCUUUACAAACAAAAGCAGAAAUCCCACGUCUAGAGAACACUCUGGUUGCAUGUCUUGACAGGAUAUUCAAAACCAAGUAUGGAGCCUCUCUUAUACCACAUUACAUGCCUUUUGUACAGGUUGGACUACGGGCAGAUUCUCAAAUAGUUAGAAGCUUAGCCUGUAAAACGGUCACUCGCCUUUUGCAGGAGUCUGAUGAAACUACUCUUUUGGCCAUACAACUAAUUAUCGACUAUGGCAUCUAUCCACUUUUGCUCAAGUGCCUUGUCAAUGGUAAUGAACAAGUUGCUAACUCGUCGAUGGAUGCAAUUAAGACAUUGGCUGCAUUUCCACAUGGGAUGGAAAUCAUCUUCCCAACAAAUAAAACAGAAGCAACACACCUAGGAACUGUAGCUUCAACAUGUUCAUCUCUGGGAAGAGUUCGAGUCAUGGCUUUGGUAGUGAAGCUAUUUUCAGUUUCUAGCUCUGUGGCAUCGGCAGUAUACAAUGCAAAUUUACUAGGCCUUCUAGAAAGUGAAAUCAAUAAUUCAAAUGACACACUUGUAACUUUAAGUGUGUUGGAACUCUUGUACGAGCUAGUGGAGAUUGAACAUGGUACAAAGUUUUUGCCAAGGACCAGCUUUAUCCUACUUCUAAGCUCUAUAAUCAGCAACUCAUCAGCAGAGUCUAUUCUACGAUCUAGAGCUAUGGUCAUUUGUGGAAGACUUUUGUCCAAAGAUAACAUUUUCUCACUUGUAGAUGAAUCAUGUGUACGGAAUUUAAUAUCUGCUAUAGAUGGAAUUCUUGGGUCAUCUGAAGGACAGGAUGUAAAUGUAUGUGAAGCUGCAUUUGAAGCACUGGGUCAAAUUGGGUCAAGCAUGUGGGGAGCUACUUUACUGCUGUCAAGUUUUCCAACUUGUGUGAAGCAUGUAAUUUAUGCAGCAUUUGAUCGGCAUGAACAUGGUAAACAGCUGGCAGCCAUGCAUGCUCUUGGUAACAUCUUCGGAGAAACUCGAUCAGAGAAUGAUGUUAUGCUGAAUGAUAAUGCAGAAGAAAACUUGCGGGAUUUGAUAUAUCAAAUUGCAUCCAGAAGUUCAAAAAUGAUGCCCUCAGGUCUUUUUCUCGCUGUCCUUCAACAGGACUCUGAGAUUCGCUUGGCGAGUUACAGAAUGAUGACGGGGUUGGUUGCUCGACCUUGGUGCCUAAUGGAAAUCUGCUCAAAACAAGACAUUAUAAAUAUAGUUAGUGAUGCAAGUACUGAGACUACUAAAAUAGGAAUGGAAGCCAGAUAUAACUGUUGUUUGGCUAUCCAUAAGGCCUUCAUGUCUUCAACUAGGCUUACUGGCGAUCCUGCUCUUGCUGGAAUAGCUUCAAAGCUGCAGGAGGCUGUUAGAAAUGGUCCAUAUCUUAAUAGAAGGAAUCUUGAAACCCAACCAGCAAUUAUGACAGCUGAGAGAUUUUAGGAGUACAUUAUGGUUCAAAAGUAGGCAAGCCUUAUAUACUGUGGUUUGUAUGUUUUAAUAUUUCUCAACCAGCAACAAUGACACCAAACUUUUCUUUCUAGUCCUUGAGGGAGUUCACUCUAGUAGUUGAAAAUAGAUUUUUUAGCAUCUUUCAUGGAUUGUUUUAGUAAUAUUUCUCUACUCUCUUUGGAUAAAGGUUCGCGAAUGGGAUUCAUGUGUCUA